UCACUCCUCAGUGCCCAAGAAAAGAAAGAAACAGGAGAGAGCAAUGCCUAGCUCAAUUCACCUUAUCUGGAUCUUCUUUCUCAUCUCUGCCCUUGCAACCAUCUCUCCAACCACCGCAACUGACCACAUCGUUGGUGCCAACAAAGGCUGGAACCCUGGAAUCAACUACACUCUCUGGGCUAACAACCAUACCUUCUAUGUUGGUGACCUUAUAUCUUUUAGGUAUCAGAAGACACAGUACAAUGUGUUUGAGGUGAACCAAACUGGGUAUGAUAACUGCACCACAGAGUGGGCAGUGGGGAACUGGAGUAGUGGCAAGGAUUUCGUACCACUUAACAAGGCCAAGAGGUAUUUCUUCAUAUGUGGCAAUGGCCAGUGCUUCAAUGGCAUGAAAGUCUCUGUUCUUGUCCAGCCUCUGUCUCCACCUCGACAAGCCGCCGAGAAUUCUUCUUCGGACUCUUCUGCUCCGGUACCGGUGGCCUUGAAUAAAGGGUUGGUUAGUGCUUUGGCUGUGGCAUUUGCUUCUAUUUGCUUUGGAUCUGGUUGGAUCUAGUAAUGCUUUAGUUUGAUUGCAAGCUCAGCGAACUAUUCAUCUUUUUUUGUCCACUUUUAUUUAAAAAUCUCAUUGCUGUUGAUUU